GUCAAAGAGGGAAUAACAGGGAUUCGAGUAGCUGAGGGGACUUUCAGACCCAUGAGCGACCUGUUUUGUCUCGGGGGUUAUUUCUUACUAAAUGUCUUAGAAAGUAAUGGCAGACACCAAGAGCUUUACAGAAGUAAAGAAGAAAAUUCUUUCAGCUCAUGAAAAUGUUGCGCUGGAGAAUAAGCUUCAGUUCUACAACACCUGGGCUGAGAACUAUGAACAGGAUGUGGCAGUGUUGGAAUACCGUGCUCCUCUUUUGGCUGCAGAAUGUGUUGCUUCAUUCUUCAAGGGUGAUAAAGAAAGAGCCCUUGUUUUGGAUGUGGCUUGUGGGACAGGCUUGGUCUCUGCACAUCUGAGGAGAAUGGGGUUCUGUCAGUUUGUUGGAGUGGAUGGAAGUGACGGAAUGCUGGAUCUGGCCAGGAAAACGGGACUCUAUCAGGAGCUUAAGCAGUGCAUACUGGGACAGGACACCUUGCCAGUGCAAAAUGAGUCAUAUGACAUUGUAAUCGUCGGAUGUCUGAGUGUUGGUCACGUGCCAGUCAGAGUCACAGAGCUCUGGCAGGCCACACAGCCAGGUAAGCGGUAUGUAUGCAUGACUACAAGAGGGAACGCAGAUAAUCAAGAUUACAAGACAGAGAUGGAACGCAUGGUGAGAAUGAUGGAGGAAGAAAAGAGGUGGAGUUGUGUAACUGUCAAUGAAGUGGAGGAGUGGGAAAGGGCUGUGUCUGAACAUGAGAGUGGGUAUAUAUCAGGAACUGUCUAUCUUUAUCAGAGAACUUCUUAACAAGUCCCCAGUUUCAGAAGAGCUCUGCAGCAAAAUUGGUUUAAAGGUAGAAAAAUGAGGCAAAAACUGGGACGUCCAAAUAACAGCAGUGAUACAAAACUUCACAUAUUUAAUUGUAGACUUUUUUUUCAUUCUUGCAAUGCCAAGGAUGUUUUGAAUGUAUUAAAAUUCUGUUAAACGCAUCUGGUAAUAAUUGAAUGGUAAAAUCAUAAUGUUUUCAUUCAUUCAUUCAUUAAUUUUCCAAGCCGCUUCUCCCUCAGGGUCGUUGAGGGGGUUCAUUCCAUUAUGUUUUCAUGCUUUGAUAAAAUAUUUUGAGUGUUGAAAAUGUUGGUAGAGACAGUUCGCAACAUUCUAACUGCUUCUUACAAAGAAAGUAGGAACAGGCUAGAAGUCAAGGUGAGGUAAUAACCGGCACAAGUAAAAACAAAUUUAAUGAUUUUUGAAAAUGAGCACAGAAUUCAUUUUAAAUUACAUUUAUAAUGAGAUAUGGACUGUUUAAAAAAGCACAGCAAUGCAGAAAUAUGAAACAUGAUGUAAAAUCAAAGACUUAUCAGUAAUUAUUUCUCCAUAUGUUGAUUGAUGUUUCCAUUAUUUGGUCUGGCAGCUGUAUUUCUACUAUCAAUCAAUUAAUGCUUUUUCAUAUAUCUAGAAAAUGAUGUACUGUUUCUGCCUGCAAAAAAAUUAGGCGUGCAAGAUUUUAAACCAGCGUUCACAAAGAAAGAGGUCAAGAGGAUCUUUGGAAGAGUCAACAAAACUAGUUUGGUAGGAUUUUUUCCACCACUAGAUGGGAGCAACUACAAAAAAUAGUUUUUGUUGAAGGUUUUGUUUGUCAGUUGUGUUGAUUUGACUGAUUCUGAAUCAGCCAAACAUGACAUGACAAAUGACAAACAUGACAAAUGAUAUUAGUCAAAUAAGGAAUGUGAUGUUUGAGGAAGUACAAAGCAGAAAUACUUAUAUCUGCCAAGCUACUGUUUUCUACAUCUGAAUGAGCUUCUAAUCUGGAGAAAGCCACAGAAAGCUUUCCCCAAAAAACUCUUUUUGUAACAAAAACUGGUUUUAGAAAGCACCUACUAUGGUAGUAGGGCUUUCUGCACAGGAAAUAUUUUAGCUGCAUACGUCAUGUUUUAUCCUGUCAUACGCGUGGGUGCAUUUUUCAAAACAGUAUCUUCUUCUCCUACUUGAAAUUAAAAUUCAUAAAGUUAAAAAAAAAUCAUAAAAUAAAAAAACAAUAAAGUACUCGAUCCCUGUUUCAGAACUCACUUAACAAAAGUAGCGUUUUGGAUGAUGGCACAAGAUCAAACAAAGAGCUGAAAAGUACACCUUUAUUUUUAAAAAAGUAUUUUAUUUGCAAGGUAUUCAGACAGUAAAGAUCAGACAUCUUCAUAGAUGAUUGUAUUGAGCUGUGAAUAUUGAAAUACACAGUACUAUGAAAACAUCAUGCGCCCAUGUUCACAAAAUAAACAUCUGAUGCAGUGAAACUCUUUUUGAAUCUUUGAAUACUCAAAGUCCUCACGAAACACAAACCACUUCCGCAAGUUCACUCUCUGUUGAACCGGUUUGGCCUGGGACACUCACACUGCCAACCAUUUUAUCAUCAAUGGGUAAUAGAGGAGGAAGAAAACAAAGGGGCUUUACAGUCCAAAACGUCUCUUAAUCUAGCUUGAAUGUAGCCAUUGCGAGAGCUCUUUUUCCAUUUCAGAGUCAGCAUUUUGGUCUGUAAAGGCAGAAAAUUGGUGUUUCAUUUCAAAGUAGUCUAAAUUGUGUCUAUAAGUGAGCUUAAUUCAAAACACAAACUGUUUUUCUUUUAAAGUUAAGGAAUAGCAGAUGUCUUAAAAUAUAGAUCACGAUAAGUGGAAUAAAAAAGAAAUGGCCUAAAUUGCUUGUAAAAAAUGGUUCCAUCGACUUACAAUAAAAGUAAAGUGUAUUUUUCCUUCUUCUGUAAACUUAUAAUUUGGAGAUAUGAGGUUUGUUCUGACAAAAGCAUAUAUAUAAAAAUAUAAAAAGAGUCACUACAGAUACAUUUCUACAAUUAUAUACAACAUUUUAUGACACAGACCACACUCAAUAUAUUUGCCUGUUAUGCAUCAAGAGACGUAUCACCCUGAAAUGUUGUCCAAAUAACCUAAGUGACAUUAUUUUGCAAAUUGUUACUUGAUUUAAAUCUAUUUAAUAAAACAUGUACAUCUCUGUGCUUAA